UGUUUUCCAGCAGACAUUUAGUUCAAAGUUUGGAGAAUGCUAUUGAGGUUGGGAAGGUUAAGGGAGCUUUGGUGAGGGGGAAGAAAGUUGUUGUGCCCGUUAAAGGUAUUUCUGCAGAAGGUGGGAAAUUUUGAGAAUGGGAUCAUGAACAAUCGAGGAACUCACAUUCUCGGAAUAGGGAUUGUAAUAAGCUCAAGCUAAGUAUUAGUCCCAGAAAUAAAUAAUUAUAACACUAAAAAGAGAAAAAGAAAAAUUAAUAAUUGCAAAACUGGUCGUAUGAAAGCAAAUAAAACAAGUUGAAGUAAAAUAGUUCCAAUUGAAGAGUUCAAAUCAGUCGCUUCAUGCAGAAGAAAAUAAAUACCAAAUUAACCUUGACCCUAACUCAACUGAAAAUAAAGCUCAAAUACACAAAUUGUCGAAAUCAGAAAGCCCCUCCGAGAAUCCGAGCUCUUGCACUAAAGAGCAGGAUGCAUCACUGCUAACGAUGAUUGAAAAGAAUAAUGACUCCACUGAUGAUACCAAGAUAGGCAUUGAAGUCAUGUCAUCGCUUAAUAAUAAUCCAGUUGAAGAAGACAAAGAUGAGGUUCAAACUUGUAGAAUCAGUAAAUCUUCCAGUAAAAGUGUAUCCAACUCAGGAACGCCUCUGAAUGCUUCUAAGCAGAUGAUCUUCGACGGAGGCCUUCCAAUCUCUCAGGAUAAGAUCAGUAGGAUGUUUUAUGGUAAAAGUAUUAAGAAGGAACAGAGCACUAGGGGUAGAAAUCCUAAACUGAACAAACCUAAGCCAUAUUCAAAGAAGUUUAGCAUUUCUAAGAAUACUCUGGAAAAGCAAUCUUUUCGUAGCUCAAGAGAGAGGGUGAACUACAGGACAAGUCAGGGGUAUAUUAAAUAAGCUUAAGGCUCAUAAGUCUUCUAUUCCGAGCGGCACGCUUAACUCAAAAUAGCCUGAAUUAUUACACAAAAGGAACUUCGAAAUCGAAUGCUAAAACUCAGCUGAAGUUUUAUAUAAAUCAGACUUAUAAAACCCAUAUUAGUGCGAAUCAGCUGGUUAUACAUAAUAUGGCUGGAAAGAAGGACCAUACUAUCGAUCUAAGUGUGCCAAAGGCUAAGAAGAGUACUAAGAUCCGCUCAACUCAAAAAGUUGCCACAAAGGCAGGGCUUUGCAAAAAUAGCGCUAGGGUAGCCUCCUCUUUUACAAAAAGACUUAGCAGUAAGGCCUCAAAGCCACUGGUUUGAAUGGUGAAGUACCCAAAUGUAUCAACGAAAUUCUUAAAAUCGAAGCGAGAAAAAUUGAAUUUAACCAGCAAGACUGAUCAUUUUAACUCAAAUUCAAGUCUAAGCCAACUAAAUAGGACUGUAUCGAAAGCAUCUCAUUUUUCAUCAAAAGAAAAACCAAAGAAGACUGCGGUCAAGGCUAACAAACCAUUAACCAGUAGCCUUUUAAAAACUAAUUUUCUUCAAAAUAAAUUUGAUGCUAAGAAAAAGAUAGUUAAUAAAUCCAUGGAGAAUAAAUUUAGAAAGUUGACUGUAUUAAAAACAAAGAAAAGACAAAAAAUUAUCAAGAAAGCAGUGUGAAAGAAGCAGAAAGAGGACAGUACGAGUAACCUCUCAAAAUUUUUGUAAGC